CGAGCGGCUCCGGCUGCUCAGUGCGAGCUCCGGCGGCGCCCAGAGGGGACGGGAGGGCAGGCGGCGCUCCGCAGCUCCGUGCGCUGUUCCCCCGCCUAACAGCAUGAAAGCGUUCAGCCCCGUGAGGUCCGUGCGGAAGAACGGCUUCUCGGAGCACAACCUGGGCAUCUCCCGCAGCAAGACCCCGGUGGACGACCCGAUGAGCCUGCUGUACAACAUGAACGACUGCUACUCCAAGCUGAAGGAGCUGGUGCCCAGCAUCCCGCAGAACAAGAAGGUCAGCAAGAUGGAAAUCCUGCAGCACGUCAUCGAUUACAUCCUGGACCUGCAGAUCGCGCUGGACUCGCACCCGUCCAUCGUCAGCCUCCAUCACCAGCGGCCGGGGCAGAACGCCGCGUCCCGGAGCCCGCUGACCACGCUCAACACAGACAUCAGCAUCCUCUCCUUACAGGCAGCCGAGUUCCCCUCAGAACUAAUGGCAAGUGACAGCAAAGCGCUGUGUGGCUGAACGGCACGGUGUUCCACCGAGGAGCUUUUUCUUUUUCUUCCCUCCCCCCCUUCCUUUAUUUCCCCCUUACCCCCCCACCUCGCACGAGAUACAUCGACAGGAUUCAUUUUCUUUAAUCUCGAGGUGCUGAAUGUUUCAGCUGUAUCCGGAGGGGAGCAAAGCCACGUUAACUAAACGAAAAGGACCUUGAAAAAUAAAGAAGAAAACAAACCGAGAUUGAUCUCGAUCCACCCCCCCACACCCCCAACCCCAUUCUUCGAGUUGGACUGAACCUUUAGUUAUUUAUGAAGAGACUCUUAACUACCCUUUCCCUAGUUGGAAGGCUUCCUUUAUAUACUAUUCCCAACAUGGGGAGCGAAACAAAACCACGCGCGGAGUUGCCCAUUUUAAAGCAGACUUUGCCUUUUUUUUCCAAAGGUGGAGCGUGAGUACAAGAAGGAUCCGGUGUUCAGUUCUUUAUGGGAUUCCGGGCUCAGAAAUUGCCUUUCUGACCCCCCAAACCUACGGACUGAAUGCGGUGUAUAUAUUUAUAUAUAAAUAUAUAUAUAUGAGUGAACCCUUGUGAAAACUCUUGAAUUAGAGUUUUUUUUUUCUUGUAUAGUGGCAGAAGCCGCCGUUUCUGCAACAAGUGUAAUGAUGUACUUAAAUCAUGCUAAACUUUUUAUAAAAGUUUAGUUGUAAACUUUAACCCCCCUUUUUUUAUACAGAAUAAAUCGAGUGUGUUUAUUGAACCUAUUGAUUGCUGGCUUUUCUUCUUUGGGGACCAACUGUUUGCUGGCUCUCAUCUGUGCUGUUUGUGGGGGGUGUUUUUGGGGUCGUUUUGUUUCUCCCUUUCCAAUUAUGUUAUGAUUUACUGAGCGAGCUCAAAUGUGUAGAGAAUAUAAAGAAUAAAAGGACCUGAAGUGAA